UUUAAUAGAGAGAUCACAUGAAUAGAAGGAGCACCUCUGCAGUGGUUGUGACCUCUCCAAUGAAUCUAUAGUACAGGGGUAGCGUAUUAAGUCAUGCUUACACAAAUUGUAUAAUUUUCAUAAUUACAGGCUCAUAUAGUGUUUUGUCAAUAUUGUCAUUUAUUUAUUAUUUUUAGCAUUACACUUGAACAUUUCGUAUUACCUCAUGUGACCUUAAUCAAAAAAUAAUUAACAGGAUGACAGAAAAUGUUGUUGUAAGGAACGGUGGUAGCGUUUCAAUUGUCUACCUUUUUAAUGCACUUUAUUAUUCGUACGGACGCUACGUGGAGUACUAAUGUUAUUUGAAACACCCCACCAUCCCCCACCUACGUGUACCUUCGGCGGCACCCGCAUCUGCUCGUCGGCUUGUGUUGGAGGCGGAUCAAGUGUAACAUCCUCUCCCGGCAGUUCUGUGAUUGAUGGUCUGAUAUGUGAAGAGUUAUGUUUCAACAGAAGGUGUCACCCGACACAGAGGACAGUACGAAAGUACACUGUGCAAGUCAGAGUAUUAAGAGUAAAUGAUGCUGUUCAUGAAGUCUUGAGCACUAGUCUUCGAAGAAGCUUGUGAGAAAUGGUUCCAGCGCCUCGUCCCCCUUCGUUUAUUCCACCAGGACAGCACGAUCAUUCUAAUGGGAAAGGACACAUUUACAAACCUCUAACUAAUAACAAUAAAUUGGAUAUAUUCCAGGCUGCUAAAUCGGGAAAUGUAAAAGAAGCUAAAAGAAUAAUUGAGUCAGGAGGCGUUGGAGUCUUGGGUAGGCUUGAUGUCAGAGGGCACACCCCUGUGCACUGGGCAGCUCUGACAGGAUCUGCAGAACUUAUCCACUAUUUUAUAGACUGCAGGGGAGCUGUGAAUCUCCACAGUGAAGAUGAACUGUCACAGAGACCCAUCCACUGGGCAGCAGUGAAUGGGCACAUUGCUGUCAUUGACUUGUUGUUUGAGGCGGGGGUUUCACUAGAUGUAGCAGACCAGAGAGGAUGCACUCCUUUGAUUCUGGCUGCGCAAUAUGGACACACAUCACUUUGCUGUUACCUAAUGGGAAAAGGAGCCAAGCCAAACGUUUGUGACAGUGAAGGAGAUAAUGCUUUGCACUGGGCAGCAUUUAAAGGGCACUUUGAAUUAACUCGUCUGCUGGUCUACUCAGGUUUCAACCCACAACUGGCAGACAGCGCUGGUCAGACUCCUCUGCAUCUGGCCGUUCUUAGCGGGGACCUCCUCACUGUCCAGCUGUUAUGUGAACAGGAUAGUGUUGAAUUAGAAGUCAAAGACAGAAAUGGGAACACUCCACUGAAGUUGUCCAGAGGUCGAAAGUAUGAAGAUGUAUCUUUGUAUUUAGAAAAUUCUAUUGCCCAAUCAAGACGACUUAGUACAAAGUUUGACUGCAGUGCUCUGGCAUUUGGCCCGCCUGGGAAGUCAAAAGGUCAAAUCCUUUUCUUUUAUAUCUGUUUAUUAGUGUGGGGGUAUCCUACUUAUUUUUUUAAGAUUGUUUCUGUCUCCUUUAACAAGCUAUGGGAGUCUCAUAUGGCCUUCCUCCUCGGCAAUGCAUUGAUGUGGUUUCUCUUCUUAAAAGCUUCCCUGAUGGAUCCAGGUUUUCUUCCCAGAGACAGCAAGGAAUAUGAUCGGGCCAUUAGACAGGCAGUCUACUUUGAUGAAUGGAAACAGGGAAAAAACUCCUUACAAAGACUUUGCCAUACGUGCCAUCUAGUAAAACCCCUUCGAACCAAACACUGCCGCGUCACAAACCGCUGUGUGGAACAUUUCGAUCACUACUGCCCAUAUAUCUAUAAUGAUGUGGGCUACAGAAACAGGAGUUACUUUUUAGGAUUCCUGGGUACCAUGAGCUUCAAUUGUUUGUUAGGAGUGUAUAUUUGCUUGGACUGGUUUCAUGUGAUGGGAAGCAGCAUUUUUGUUGGAAUUGGCUUCAUCUUUAUGGCUGUAAUCGGGGUUAUUUCUGGAAUAAUGACUUGCACCUGUCUUUAUAUGGCAGCAAAGAAUGCAACAACCAACGAACGCCUAAAGCAGCAGAAGUACGGCUAUCUCAAGGAUGAAGCAGAACAGGUCAGCAAUCUGUUUGACAGAGGGAUCCUGUUGAACCUGAUGGAGUUUUUCAAUCUCAUCAGACCUCUACAAGAUGAUGAACUGAAAACACUGGAUGAAUUAAGUAUAAUAUAAAAAAAGACAAUCACUUCAGUAUUACUCAGAUUAGCAUAUGGUGGCUGACCGCACAAUUGCACUUGUGUGCAUGAUCACUGAAUUCAGGGUUUGCAUGUGAAAUUUGACCAUGUGACAUGUUCUGAUGAAUAAGUGAGAGGUUGUUCACUCAAGCCUGUAUGACAGAGAUCCACAUUGUUUGAUUGCUCUUAUACUAGCACAGCAGGGAUAGAUACAUGUAUUUUAUUUAAGGGCUUCCUGGAAUAUGGUGGACGAUUUUUAAGUUUUCAGAGUAAGGGUUUAUAGUCCAUUCCUCUACAAAUUAUGAGUCCAGAAUUCUUAUAGAAUAGGCCUUGUUUUAUUAGAUACUUUCCUACACAAUCCUCAUUAAAUUACAUUACUCCCAGAUUGUCAUGUACUGCAACAAGUUAUAUAAGUGUACAGUCUAAAAUCUGACAACCCCCGCCCCCCAAAACAUACAUCUAAUCUUAGUAUCUGGGCUAAUAACUAAUGUAAGUACUGCAUAACCAUGGCUAAAUUCCUUUGCAUGCGCAGAGCAACUGCCAUGGAGACUUGGGAUUAAACCUGAAUGAAAAUGUCUGGGAGUAGAUGUCUAAUGUACAGAAGCAGUAAAUGUAUGGGUAGUUGUUGAAUGUUGGUAUCUUGAAUUGAGUCAAAUUUGAAACAAAAAAUAAAAGAUUAUCCGCUGGAUUGGUCAGAAAUUGUAAAUUACCAGUAAAACUUGUAAGAAAUGACAUUGAUGAAUUGCCAUAAAUAAAGUGUUCACAUUAUGGAAGGCAAACAAAUAAGAUCAAGGACUGGACUCUUAACUUAUUUACAACUCACUAAAGCACAAAAACGGUGCUGACGUUUGCUCUGAAGCCAGGAUCCCCUUUGUUCUUACCAAUGAGGAACACAUACACAUUGCAAUUCUAUCACUAAUAACAGUGCAGUUUAUGAGAAAUGAAUAACUGCUUUACACAAUGUAUUCCUGUAGUUUCAGCUGUUGACAUAGACUUAGAAGUUUAAAUACGGUCCAGUAUGUUAUUAUACUAUGCAUGCAAUGUAAGGUUAUAAUAUGAUUGUAAAUGUUUGGGUUAUGGCUGGGGUUGACAGCAAACAACACCUUUCAGAUAUAAAGAUACAGCUUUAGUGCAUUUAUUAUAUUAAUAAUUUGAUUUCUGCUUGAAUCUAAUGUACAACUCUAUCUGGUGGCCACAUAUUAUAAGUAUAUUUAAAGGGAACUUAAAACCAAUGACAAAGAGAAAAAAAACUGUUUAUUUUAGUACUAAGAAACAUUUGUUAGGUAGAAAUGACUAAAACUGUUGGGAUUAGUCAUGUGAUCAUCCUGACUGGUAACCAAGGAAGCAAGCACAACCUCUGCCACCUGUUGAAGCACAUAGCAUAACAGCAACAUGCUAAGUUCAUUUUUGUGUAAACAAAAUGUAAAAAAAAAAAAAUUGUUUUUUUUACGUGUUGUGCCAGAGUAGAAUGCAGUUUGGGGAUAAUUUGAAGAGGCUGUGUGGUCCAGUGGUUAAAGAAACGGGCUUGUAACCAGGAUGGUCCCCGGUUCAAAUCCCACCUCAACCACUGACUCAUUGUGUGACCCUGAGCAAGUCACUUAACCUCCUUGUGCUUUGUCUUUCAGGUGAGACAUAAUUGUAAGUGACUUUGCAGCUGAUGCAUAGUUCACACGCCCUAGUCUCUGUAAGUCGCCUUGGAUAAAGGCAUCUGCUAAAUAAACAAAUAAUAAUAAUAACAAAUUAUAUUUAAAAACAUAAGAAAACUGUAUGUAAUUUAUAAAUGACAUCAUGCAACUUCAGUGAAUAUCAUGAACACAGUCGCUGAGUCUUUUGCCAAAAUUCUACACAUUGUGAUCGUCUCUUUUGUAGGUGGAUGUCAAAAGUUUUAUUUUGUUUUUUUUUAUGGCAGGCAGAUUAGCAGUACUACAGCAGUCCCUGAAAAUAGCAAUGACAGUGAUGCUAGUGACGGUAGUUCAGAUGAGGAAAGAGUAGAAAAUUCCAAUAUUCUUUCUGAAGAGCAAAAUAAUGGCAGUGAAGAGAGCCUAGCUGAAAAUGAUGAAGUCACUACCAUCAUCAUCCUAUGUGACCAAUGACAAGCCUCUUUGGAGACAUACUGUCCGCACUCAUUACCCAGCUCCCCUUUGGAAAUCUAAACUUAUUUUGCGUUGGAAUUAUUCUUUUCAUAAAAUUAUUAACCGCAGUUGUCAUGUAUAAAUUACAUUCAUCCCCCAAAAAAGGUCAAAGGUCAAAUAUGUAAUAUUUAGGUAUAAAAUGAAUCCUUGGUACAGUAAAGUCAAGAUCCCAAUCUAUUAUUUAUUUAUUUAUUUUUUUGUCAGCUAAACAUAAUUCUUGCAAUAGAGGGUUAAACUUGGAUCAAGUAGCCCGGGGCAGACUUAAUGCUGUUCAUGGGGGUGUUCCAAUUCAAUGCCCUCAGGCCUGUUUCGGUUGUUUAAAUGUCACGUCAUAAUACAGAUAUUAACAUGUAAAUGUGUUUCUGUCCUAAACACAUAGAUUGACCUAUGCAUUCGGUAAAAAGGGCAUUUAAAAGUAUUAAUCCUUAAAACAAAUACUAGAUAUAUUUUGCAAACUUUUUUCAAUGUAUAAUAAAGUUUAACUAAGAACCAACAAAAAAAUGGGUUGAGAAUUAUUUCUGCAUGUUAGGUAUGUAUAUGAGUUAUCACAGAGACACUGAUCUUAUAAAACUUCUCCAAGAAAUUGUGUUUUUUGUCUAUAACUUAUACUUGUAUUAACACUACACUUUUAAUUGUAGUGAAUGUAAAGCCAUCAUUCUUUCCUGACAAAAAUAAAUGUUGAACCUGAAUGGAUCAAAUACUAAGAAAACAGUCUUUUCAAACUGUGAGCAUUUGUAAUGCUUUUUUUUUUUUGUAAUACAAAUGGGGAUCCAAAUCUGGGAAUUACCUGAGUGACAAUACUGUACAGUGAAUUCCAAGAGGAAAUCUGGAAAUCUGUAGAUAUGGAUGGUUAGAAAAUGGUUUAAAAUCAGUACUAAUUGUUCCAUGCUACACCCAGGUGAGGUCUCGUGCAUCUCGCCAGUCUAUUCCAAUACUUAUUGGCUGUUGGUCCCUCAGUCAAGCAAUCACUAGCACCCUUUAAUUUACCUUUGUUUUUGUACUGUUUUAGGUGUACCUUAGGCCUAGGGAAAAAACAUGUUUUAGGAUUAGAUCAGUGGAUAGGAGAACUGGAUUUGGUGCUGAUCCAUUGCUGACAUGUAGGACAGUGACAGUAAAAUAGCUUGCAGCAGAUCAGCAUCAGGUAAGAGCUUAAGGACAACCAAUAUAAUGAAGGGAAUAAGCCUGGUUGUUUUGAAUUGUAGACCUGUUCUCUGUGUCUUCAUUAUAGCACCACCCUGGGACAUUAUAGAAUAAUAUCUAUAUUUGUUUAUAGACUUUUGUAAAGUCUUGCAUCAUGAAAAUUAGUACAACAACCUGAAGUUUCCUCUUGAGGUAUUUUUUCAUGCAGGUUUUUUACAGACUUUUUAAAUUUCUUCUGUAGUAUUUUUUGAGUGACCAAUUAUUAUUUAUAUUUAUUUUCCCCCAAUUUGAAAUGUCCAAUUAUGUUUUUUUCUCCUCACCGCAGCAAGUCCCCACACAGUACGGACGUUCUGAGGGUGUAUAAGCGUCCUCUGAUCUCACAAGCUUAAAGCCAGAAUCGGUUUUAUGCCGAGCAACCCUGAGCAGACCGGCUACCGAUCCGAAAACACAGAGAUCAGACCUGCUUCUUAUCCACUCUGAAUAUGCUCUGUGUCUGGCCAGUAGGGUUCGCUGUUGCGCGAUGAGGAGAAUAAGUUAUAUUAUAUUAUAUUAUAUUAUAUUAAACUUUAGUCCUUCAGUAGAUACUAAGGCUUACAAUAUCAUUUUCCACCCAGGGCUAAAGUUCUGUGAACUGAAAAAGCAUCAAAGUGUAAAAGAAAUACUUUUUCUGUCCAAAGACAUUUUUAAGUGCUUUUCCGCCACAUUUGAACAUUCAUCCUGGGAAGCUCCCAAAGGUCAAGAAGUGUUCUCUCAGCUGAACCUAAUAAAGCAAAUUAGUGCCUUAAAGCGUUUACCAAAUGUGACGGUGAAAGAAACCAGGGGAGCCCUUGAUCAUGUGACUCUGUUAAAAGGCAAAUCCUUCAUCGUGAAACACAUUUAAUAAGGCCCCCAGCUACAUUCCAGCAACUUUAAAAUACAAUAUACAGUUGAACCUCGUAACUGCGGGUCAAAAGUACAUUACAGAAAGAGUAGACCUGCAGCUUGUUAAGUUAAAGUUGAGUGUCACCAGGAGAAGAGUUCCCUUAGGACUGCUGCACUUCUGAUUAUCUGUUGAAGAGUGGUAUCUAAAAGCAUAAGAAUAAAUUAUCUGGGAGAGAGAUACUUGCUCAUUUUACAGUGCCAGCCUUACAUUUAUGAUGUUAUUAUUUGUUUAUUUGUGUUAUCAUUGUGCUACAUUAAUAUGUAUUACCAAAAA